AUGUCGCACUACCAGAUCCAUCUGCUUCAUCUGGACCCUCGCUCCGUCAUCCUCCUCGCCGUCUUCGCCUUCCUCUACGAGGCCAUAGUGGGCAUUACUCCCUUCGUGGCCUUAUUUCGGCAUUUCUUCCUGCUCCGGCUGGUGGACGCUCAUCAGCGCUCUGGGUGCACGACCUUUGAGGACGUGGCUACGACUGCCGGCUCGGGGAUCGACUUCGAGCUCUCGCCUGUCGCGAGAGGAUUCCGGAAGCAGUGGAUUCUAAUGGACGCCCACGCAUUCAGCCCCCUACUCAUGAUUCCUGGGUUGUCGGCUUCGCCAAGCUCCGUCUGGCGCCAUGAGAAGCUCACUGACCGGCGUCUUGCUUUCGUCUGGAAGAGGUUGGCGGGACUUCAGGAGCUAGGGGUGAUGAUGCCAAUGGUGGUGAAGGAAUUCCCAUCCACCCGUCCAUCCAACCCAGUGCAGCAAUCACUCCCCGAUCCAGAUCCUACCCUAGCCUCCGCCUCUCUCCCCGAUCCAGAUCCAACCCACCUCUUCCCCUCCCCGCCGACUCCCAUCCACGCGCCACAGCGCCAAAGCCCAAGCUGCUCUCCGCCGCCUCCAAAUCUCUCUGCCUCCCCGCCGCCUCCAAAUCUCUCCACGCGCUGCCGGCCCCAAGAAGGCCGCCAAGCUGCUCUCCACGGCGCCCGCCGUCGCCGUCGCCCGCUCCCCCAAAGCCCGCGCCGCCGGCUUCGUUGCCAGAUUCCUGCAGCACCCCACCAGUCGCCGCCUUGCCCGAAGAGCUCAUACGUCUCCCCUCCGCUCCCGGCCUCGCCGUCCCUGUCGAGCAGCGAAUCCUCCCGCCGCAAGACCCCGCUCGAUUCUGGCAUCCUCCAGUGGCGCCCAACACACCACCGUGAUCCCCUCCAUGCCGUCUUCCUCCCUCGCACGAGCCACUUGAAUCCUUCGCAGGUCAGUGGUGGCUGGGCUGGAGACGCUGCCGCCCCUGCACACCGCGGUGGCGUCGGCGCGCCUCAAGUCCUACAUCGCCAUCGACUCCACCUGCUGGUGCUCCAUCUCCCAAGGAGUCCGGGUGGUAACGCUUCUCUCUGUCGGGUGUUAUUACUCUGGUGGCCACCAUUCCCCUCCCCUGGUUUAGUAGCAAUAGAAGUUUUCAAAGGUUGUAGGGAAGAUCAAAGAUGCCAUCUCAGCCCUGGCAGUGUCAACAGUGGACGAUGAUAACGAUGAAGUCACAGCGCGAAGCCCUCCUAAAGUGCCUUGAGACGGCUGCUCGGACUGGUUCCUGAACAGAAAGAAGGACUACAAGGAUGUGAGGUUCUCCCAUGUCGUCUCCAACGCCGUCGACAUGAAGCUCAGGGAUGACCUUGGGAGGCUCAAGAAGAUCAGAUAUAACCUCGUCGUUCCCUGUUAUUUCCCCCCUUACUAUUGGUUGAUAUAUGACUAUGUGUUAGAUUCAACUACUGAAGAUGCUUGAACUUCAUAUCAGGACUAGCAGUUUGUGUCUUGCCUGGUAGUAUACAGUUUAAUUUGCUAUUAUUAGCUAGGGUUGUUGAUAGACUUAAUUUUCUGCUGGAAGUCAAAUCUCCUAAACACUAGAAUGCCUGAAAUGUCAGGGUAGCAAGUACUAGCCCUGUGCUUCAUUCUAUGUACCGUUCUGGUGUCUGUGCAUGUAUGGGCUAGCUUUUUGUGUAGAAUAGUGAGUUGAUGCUUCUUUCUACAGAAAUACAACAUGUUAGCUCUAUGGAUGUUUAUUUACCUGCAACUUCUGCUAGCUCUAACCUGUGCUUCAUUCAAUUCAGUCAAAUCUUUGGGGUGUUGAUACACUACUGUGCAAGUUCUAUGGUAUGUGAGUUCCUUCUAUUGCUGCAAGCAUUAACACAAUAUGUCAUGUGCAGGGAGCUCUGCAUCCGAGUCUCGUCCAUCCUCGGCAGCAAGGAGCUGGGCAAAGGGAGCAAGCAGCGCUACUGGUUACUUGGGGCCAGAUCGAGUAAGAUGGCGCACCAUUGCGUGUGGCGGCCUAUUUUGCUUCCAAGAGUAGUACUGUUUAUUUGAAAUGAGAUGUACUCGUCUACUGCCUAGUAAACAAUACUGCCUAGUACUGUUUAUUUUGCUUCCAAGAGCAGUACUAUUUAUUUUGCUUC